GCACCUCUAGCAAGUGCCAGAGCCCGGCGGGCAGCGCAGAGGCUGCGGUGCCAGUGGCCGCGGAGCUAGCCCUGCAGGGUCUCGGGGGGGAGGGGGAGCCGCAAAGCCCCCGCUGAGGCCGCCGCUGCCGGGCCUCCCCUCCCCCCCACCCCGGGCAGGAGCCAUGCGGGGGGGCGCAGGUGACUCGGAGCGGCAGCAACGCUGGGGUCGUCUAUUCGAGGAGCUGGACAGUAACAAGGAUGGCCGCGUGGACGUGCACGAGUUGCGCCAGGGACUGGCCAGGCUGGGCGGGGGCGACCCAGACCGUGGCGCCCAACAGGGCAUCUCCCCUGAGGGUGACACUGAUCCAGAGAGCGGGUUCAACCUGGAGGAAUUCACCCGUUACCUGCAGGAGCGGGAACAGCGCCUGCUGCUCAUGUUCCACAGCCUUGACCGGAACCAGGACGGUCACAUUGAUGUCUCUGAGAUUCAGCAGAGUUUUCGAGCUCUGGGCAUUUCCAUCUCACUGGAGCAGGCAGAAAAAAUCCUACACAGCAUGGACCGCGACGGCACCAUGACCAUCGACUGGCAGGAAUGGCGUGACCACUUUCUAUUGCAUUCUCUGGAAAACGUGGAGGACGUGCUCUAUUUCUGGAAGCAUUCCACGGUUCUGGACAUUGGCGAAUGCCUGACAGUGCCAGAUGAGUUCUCAAAGCAGGAGAAGCUGACGGGCAUGUGGUGGAAGCAGCUGGUGGCUGGUGCAGUGGCAGGCGCGGUGUCGCGGACAGGCACAGCUCCUCUGGACCGCCUCAAGGUCUUCAUGCAGGUUCACGCCUCAAAGACCAACAGACUCAACAUCCUUGGGGGUCUGCGGAGCAUGAUCCAAGAGGGGGGCAUCCUCUCCCUGUGGCGUGGUAAUGGUAUCAAUGUACUCAAGAUCGCCCCUGAGUCAGCCAUCAAGUUCAUGGCCUAUGAGCAGAUCAAGAACGCCAUCCGGGGACGGCAGGAGACGCUGCAGGUGCAGGAGCGCUUCGUGGCUGGCUCCCUGGCUGGUGCCACAGCCCAGACCAUCAUCUACCCCAUGGAGGUGCUGAAAACACGGCUGACCCUGCGCCGGACUGGUCAGUACAAGGGGCUGCUGGACUGUGCACUGCGGAUCCUGGAGCAAGAAGGGCCCCGCGCCUUCUACCGAGGCUACCUGCCCAACGUGCUGGGCAUCAUUCCCUACGCGGGCAUCGAUCUGGCCGUCUAUGAGACCCUGAAGAACCACUGGCUCCAGCAAUAUAGCCAGGAAUCGGCAAACCCAGGGAUCCUCGUGCUCCUGGCCUGCGGUACCAUCUCCAGCACCUGUGGCCAGAUAGCCAGUUAUCCCCUGGCCCUGGUCCGGACCCGCAUGCAGGCCCAAGCCUCCAUCGAGGGCUCCCCGCAGCUCUCCAUGAUGAGUCUGCUCCGUCACAUCCUGUCCCAGGAGGGAGUGUGGGGCCUCUACCGGGGCAUUGCCCCCAACUUCAUGAAGGUCAUUCCAGCUGUGAGCAUCUCCUAUGUGGUCUACGAGAACAUGAAGCAGGCCCUGGGGGUCACGUCCAGAUCUCAGAUCCCUGUACCCCCAACUGCUGGAUCCCACACUUCAGCAACCUAAAUCUCAUACCUGAACCACAAGAUCCAGAAUGAUCAACACCUCAGCCCUUCAUUCCCUCCUUCCCAGACCCCUAGAUCCUGCAUUCCUAUGCUCCCAAAGUGGAUCCUAUGUUUCCCUGCCCCACCCACUGGGUCCUGGACCUAGAUCCCCCACAACGUGGUGAAUGGAUCCCAAUCCCCAACCACAGGAAUGGACAUCCCUAUACCUCAUCACCCUGACCCCAGCUCCCUCAGGUAUCAGAUCCAGUGUCCUUGUGUAGCACUGGGUCCCAGAUCCCCAACCCCACUGGCGAAUCACAGAUCGCCAUGCCUCAAGCCCCGUCUCCAAGCUCAGCCGCUGGAUUCUGGAUGUCAAGAGACCUCAGCCACCGGAUCCUGACAGUGCAAUGCCUAGAUCCUGGGGCCCCCCACCACUGGACCCAGAUCCCCUCACCCCAGCCACUGGAUUCUGAUUCCUUUACCUUGACACUGGGUCCCAGAUCCUUCUGCUUCGACGGCUGGACCCCUACAUUUCAAGCACUGUGCCCUCUGCCCCUUACCACUGGAUCUUGGAUUCCCAAGUCCCAACCCACUGGAUUCUGGCUCCUAAAACCACAAAUGUGGGCACAACAGCACAGCAAGUGGGUCCUGGCAGGUGCAGCUGCUGGAGUCCAGAUUCCAGACAGUCCCCACGCCCAGUCCUGCCAGCACUGGAUCCCACGCCCUGGACCCCUACCUCCCAAAUGCUCAGACCCCCAGUCUAGAU